AUGACGUCGGUUGGCGGCUCCGUCCCAAUGUUCAAGGAAGCGCCGGAGCCCCCCACCGAGCUUGGCCGGUACCGGGUGCUCGCUCCCACAGCCGGCGUGAGGGUCUCGCCGCUAUGUCUCGGCGGCAUGUCCAUCGGCGAGGCCUGGGCGUCGGCCAUGGGGUCCAUGAGCAAGGCCGACUCAUUCAAGCUACUCGACGCCUUCGUCGAGGCUGGCGGCAACUUUGUCGACACGUCUAACAACUACCAGAACGAGGAGUCGGAGAAGUGGAUUGGUGAGUGGAUAGCCGAGCGUAACAACCGCGACCAGAUCGUGCUGGCCACAAAGUACACCUCCGACUACCACUCCCACGCCGUCGGCAAGGGCAAAGGGCCCAACUACGCCGGCAACCACAAGAAGAGCCUGCACAUGAGCGUCCGCGAGUCCCUCAAGAAGCUGCAGACCGACUACAUCGAUAUCCUCUACAUACACUGGUGGGACUGGACCACGUCGAUCAAGGAGGUCGUCGACUCGCUGCACAUCCUCGUUGAGCAGGGCAAGGUCCUGUACCUCGGCGCCUCGGACUGCCCGGCCUGGGUGGUCAGCGCCGCCAACACGUACGCCGUCGACCACGGCAAGACGCCCUUCAGCAUCUACCAGGGCCGGUGGAACGUCAUGGUGCGCGACUUUGAGCGCGAGAUCCUGCCUAUGGCCCGCACCUUCGGCAUGGCCCUGGCGCCGUGGGAUGUGCUGGGCAGCGGCAAGUUCCAGAGCAAGGCGGCGCUCGAGGCGCGGCGCGCCACGGGCGAGCCUCUCCGCGCCUUCACGUCGGCCGCCGAGCAGACCCCCGACGAGGCUAAGACCAGCGAUGCCUUGUACGCCGUCGCCCAACAGCACGGCAUCGAGUCCGUCACCGCCAUCGCCCUCGCCUACGUCCGCAGCAAGGCCCAGAACGUCUUCCCCAUCGUCGGCGGCCGCAAGGUCGAGCACCUACACGACAACAUCCAGGCCCUCAGCAUCCAGCUCACCCCCGAGCAGAUCAAGUACCUCGAGAGCGUCAAGCCGUUUGAUUUAGGGUUCCCCGUCGGCUUCCUCGGCGAGGACCCCUACGUCACCGGUACCAGCUUCCGCCUGCACCGCACCGCGCAGAUGGCCUGGCCUAACGGCCAGAAGUAG